AUGGAUCCAAAUAUCAUAUUCCCACACAUAUACACAAUCAACAUGAUUAAACGUAAUGAUUUGGCUCCAGACAAGGUUGAAAAACAAUUCAACCAACAAAUAGGACAAGGAUAUAAAUCAAAAUAUUUAUGUACUAUUACUAUAACAAAACAACGAACUUGUCAAACACGUAAAACAAAUUUUAUUAGUAAUCAAAAAAUUUCACAUUCUAAAUUGUUUCUAUGUCAAUUAUUUAGUGUUUUUAUAUUAUCAAUUAUCAAUAUUGAUUGUACAAUUGUUGUACGUUUAGAAAUGCAUGAAGAACAACAACAAAAUACAUCACUUAUUGGAGUAUUAAUCAAAUAUAUUCCUAAUUACAUUAUUGCAGAACAUAAACAUUUGUUAUUUAAACCAAUUAAUAAAGAUCAUGCAUAUUUAUUUCAUGUAACACCAGAAGAUGGUAGAAUCUAUGUAAUAAAACGAAUUGAUCGUGAAGAAUUAUGUCCAUACAAUGAAUUCAAUUAUCAUCAACAUCAUUUUGUAGAAAUAUCAUCUAAUGUACAAAUUCAACAACAAUCUACAUUAAAUAUGUACAAUGCUUCAUAUUCACAUGAUUGUCGAUUAACAUUUGGUGUAAGUUUAAUUAAAAUAAUAAAUAAUAUAAUAGAUAUCAUUGAGGUAAUUCGUGUUCAUAUAACUGUAAAUGAUAUUGAUGAUAAUUACUGUACAUUUACACCUGAUUCUAAACAGACUAUUUACUUACCUGAAGAUAUUAAACCUCGUUCUCAUAUUAACAUACCACUACAUCAACCUUUGGAUCUUGAUGCUCAUCCAGAUCAUACUGUCAGUUCUGAUAAAAUAUUUCUAUACACAAAAAAUGAAACUACUGAAAUAAAUCAAUCAGCAGUAUUUCAACCACGUGAACUUGAUUUACCAUUUAACUUAAUCAUCUUACCAACCGGAUCAUUGAUUAAACCAUAUUUAUUAAAUCUUUACAUAACGAAAGCACUAGAUUAUGAAACGUUAGCUGAAUAUCAUUUGAUAAUUGAAGCAAAUAGUAAGUAUGGUAAGUCUAGUCAAAGAUGCUACCUUGAAUUGACUAUCAUGGUGCAAGAUAGAAAUGAUUAUAAGCCAUAUUUUACAACGAAUUAUACUGAAAUUAACAUCGCUGAAAAUUUCAAUACAGCUCUACCAAUAUACACAUUUUCAGCGAUUGAUUUAGACUUGGGAGAUGUAUACAGCAAAAUAAUUUACGAACUAGAUUCCGAAGCGCCAGAUUUAAUUAAACAACCUUUUUCAUAA